CACACACACACACACACACACACAAGUGCACUCAGAGCUACGUGGAGAGGAGACACGCUCCCAGUGUCAGCUGGAAAGUGAGUGGGUUGGGAUUAGUCACUUCAGUCCUGGAGCACACACAGCCCGUCUCCUCAGGACACACAACAACACUUCAGAGUGUCCAACCCCCUGAGGGACUACAAUCUUCUACAUCAACUUCAAAGCAUCAGCAGCCAAGAGGAAACAUGGAGGGCCUCUACAACAGUUAUGAAGAGGACUUUACAUCAAAUGAAAGCUACGACUACAGCUAUGACCACAGCCAUGAACACAGCGUCUGUGACAAAGAAGCCGUGCGUUCUUUUGGUGGCAUCUUCCUACCGAUCAUCUACGCCCUGGUUCUGGUGGUGGGCUUGGCUGGGAACGCCCUGGUCGUGGUGGUCUACGUGUCCCGACUGAGACUCCGGACCCUGACGGACGUGUGCAUCCUCAACUUGGCCAUUUCAGACCUGCUGCUCCUCUUCACUCUGCCCUUCUGGGCUGCCGAUGCCGUCCACGGCUGGAGGUUGGGUGAAACGGCCUGCAAGCUCACCUCCUUCCUCUACAGCACCAACUUCAGCUGUGGCAUGCUGCUGCUGGCGUGCAUCAGCGUGGACCGCUACCGAGCCACAGCCCAGAGCACGGCUGGCAGAACCGGGACGGGUCCGCGGGUGAGGACGCAGUGGCUCCUGGUUUGUGUUGGCCUGUGGGCUUUAGCCAGCUUCCUUGGCCUUCCCGAGCUCAUCUUCUCCACGCUGAAGCACUCCCAUCACAGGACCGGGUGCACGUCCAUCUACCCGGCCAACAUGGCGCAGCCGGCAAAGGCCGCUCUGGAGCUGACGGAGGUCAUCCUCCGCUUUCUGCUGCCGUUCCUGGUCAUGACGGCGUGCUACUGCCUGAUCGGGCGGGCGCUCGGCAGGGCCGCCGGGGUGCGGCGGGAGAAGAAGUGGCAUGCCCUGCGGGUCCUCCUGGCGGUGGUGGCUGUGUUCCUGCUCACCCAGCUGCCCUACAACAUGGUGAAGCUGUGCCGAGCCAUGGACAUCAUCUACCACCUCGUCACGGACUGCGAGGUCAGCAAGGCCCUGGAUCGGGCCCUCCAGGUGACGGAGAGCCUGGCCCUCAGCCACGCCUGCAUCAACCCGGUGCUCUACGCCUUCAUGGGGUCCUCCUUCAGAGGACAUGUCCUGAAAGCUGCUAAGCACCUUGGACAGCGGCUCAGACACUCAAGACAAGUGGACGAGGAGCCGGCGGUGGAGAUCGCCCUCCACACACCCAGUGAGAACCAGUCCCAGUCUGGUUCAGAAGAACAAGAUACCACCACCUUCACCAUCUAAGACCCCAGCAUGUAUUUACUGUAAGCACUUCUGUGUACUUGAUAUGUUUACACACUUUUACUAUCACAUAAAACACAUACAAAUAGUCACACAUAUUAGAUCUUUGGAUAAAAACUAUGUAAAGUGAUGUUUUAUGAACUAAGCUAUGUUUUUUUGUAUAAAUUAUGUAUUUUCCUAAAUAAAAAGAGCAAAGUUCUCUGCAACACAUACACAUGUUUGAAUUAAACCCAGCUGUAUCUCAAGCUGCACGAUUUUAUCACUUUGGGUUUUUCACAACAAAUCCAUUCAACUUUACAAUUUCUGCGUUGGAUUCCAAGAGAUCAUCUGCAUCUCAUUUCGUUACAUCCCGUGGCUUCGGGUUGGGAUGAAGGAUGGCGAGAUCGCACAGUGGGUGACCCAUUGAGUCAAAACACAUUUGGCAGGCAAAGACAGACCGGCUCACAGCAGGAAGGAGCCCCUCCGUGCUAUCGGCGUAGUAAACAGCAAAGCUGGAUGUUCCUCGGAGGAGCUUGAAGCAUAACUGUUGUUUUUAAUCCUCUCGUCUUUGUUUGUUUCGAUAAUUUAGGCUCAUAAACGGGGAUGAUUUGCAGCAAAUCGCUCCCUCCAGAUCACUUUUUCACAUUAUUUGGUGCCAUUGUGCAACAUUAUGCCAAACGUAACUGGGCCGAAACGCUCGGUGCGUCAAAUCUUGGCUCAGGGUACCGAAUGGCCUCAGUCCAACAGUUCUCAGUUUGUUGAGACCCUCUUCACCCUCCAACGCUGAGGGUUCAGCUUGUUUUGGCAAAACAUCCAGACUAGAUCCACAAAAGAUUCUUCCUAUUAAACUUUUUUACACAAAACAAACUGGCUGCUCAUUUUAUUUAGCAUGCAGUCAACCUGUUUUCACCAUGAUACCUCACAAUGUGGGUUUGUGUACAGCAAACACUUUACACCGACUUUAACUUGCAACAAGUAAAGGCAUGACAAAACACUGGGAAAACACAAGAAUUAAGUUGUAUAUUACCAGGUAAAGAGGUAAUUAAGGAGCUUUAGUUCAGGUCACAGGUCUCAUGAAAACGUGUUACCACAAAUUUAAAGUGACAUUUUUAAACAGCUGAAGACAUUUGAACCUGAGAUCAAAACCCAGCUGUGAUAUAAAAAAAGGCAAACAGAUUCCAAAAGGGUGUGCAGUUACAAAAAACAAAGUUUAAUAAUGUCAAAACAUUUAAAGAGCCCGGAAUUAAAAACCUGUUGGAUUCCACUAAAAGGUUUGCAUAACAGUGUUUUGGAACGUUGUGCUCGUGUGAGUGUGAAUGCAAAUGUGAGCACCCCUAAAACAAAACAAAACAAAACAAAACA